CCCCUUUAACAAUAUCCUAAUACAAAAAUGUGCCAACAAAAUGAUAGGGAGUAACAUCAAAUGAAAUUUCCACGGAACCAUUUUAGAUUAAUUUCCUUGAGUUACGCAUCACACUUCGUGCAUUUCUCAGCAUCCUCACAUGGUCCUUUGAUUCAAAAGCUGGUUCAUCGUGGCCGUAGAGUAACAAAAUAAUCACGUGUAUCCAGCCUCAUACGCAUCAAAACUUCCCAUCCAAUUAUAGUCCAACACGUAAGCAAUCGCAAUCACCUUUGAAAAAAGUUUCGUUUACAUAUAAAUAGGCUGCGACGACUCUGGAGGACCACCACCGAAUAUCAGAGAUUUGCGAUUACUGAGAGAAAGCGACGGACGUAGAUUCGCCGUCGCAGCUAGAUUCGCUUAACCGAAAACCAGCAUGAAGAGACGAAGAGCGGCGAGGAAAUCAUCGGCGAUGGUGGCGGUUAGCGAUUCAAAAGGAUUAGAUUCGAGAAUGGGACGGAGGUUGAUGAAGUUCGAGGAGUUGCCUGGUUAUUUGCAGGAUAACGAGUUCAUACACGACCAUUAUCGAUGCCAAUGGUCUCUCAGAGAUACCUUCCUUAGUGCCUUCUCUUGGCAUAACGAGACUCUCAACAUCUGGACGCACUUGAUUGGGUUUGUAAUAUUCAUGUGGAUGAUGGUGGUAAGUUCUUCAGAGACGACGGAGCUUAGUCUCGCCGGACUCUUCAACGGCAUAUCCGGAGCGUGGAUUCGCCUCUCCAGCAAUCAGACUCUGCUUCGUCAUGAUUCCAACGUGACAGAACACAUCCCACUUCUUACGUCUCAAGAAGUAAACCACCAAAACUACCACGAAGCUGUUCCGAAAUGGCCAUGGCUCGUGUACUUAGCCGGAGCAAUGGGUUGCUUAAUCUGUAGCUCUGUUUCACACCUCCUCGCUUGCCACUCAAAACGUUACAACCUCUUCUUCUGGCGUUUAGACUACGCAGGAAUCUCACUCAUGAUCGUCUCCUCCUUCUUCGCCCCUAUCUACUACGCAUUCUCCUGCCACCCUAACUUCCGUUUCCUCUACCUCUCCUCAAUCUCGAUCCUAGGUCUCCUCGCCAUCAUCACUCUCCUCGCUCCAGCUCUCUCAGCGCCGCGCUUCAGACCGUUCAGGGCAUAUCUUUUCCUUGCAAUGGGAUUCUGUAGUGUGGUACCGGCUUCACAUGUGCUUUGCCUUUACUGGGGCCACCCUAACGUGUUAUUCGCUCUUGCUUGCGAGCUUGCCACUGGUCUGUCUUAUGCUGUGGGAGCAGUGUUUUAUGUUAGCCGUGUGCCUGAGAGAUGGAAGCCUGGAGCGUUUGACAUUGCCGGGCACAGCCAUCAGAUAUUCCAUGUGUUUGUUGUUUUGGGAGCUCUUGUUCAUUGUGUUGCCACUCUUGUCAUUGUGGAUUUUCGACGAGCGUCUCCUUGUGGGUUUUAUUAAGAAGAUGUCACGUGUCAUCUUCCAAUUCAAUGUAUGAUUUAAAGUUAGCUGAUUCUGGAUUGUGAUAUUUGAAACUGAAACAUCCGCAAUUGCGUUUGCAGUAGAUAAAUGCUUCCCAUGUA